CUAUAUAAACACACUCCACAAUCAAUUUCACCCUUCCUCCUAAAAAGCACAUAACUCUCCAUGUUUCUUGUGCCUCUCUCUGAGUCUUUUAAAUGUCCCAAUUCUAUCAGCCUCUACCACCACUCCCAACAACGCCCACCACUUGUCAUGAGGAAAGAAAAACUUACCUCUGUUGUCUCCCCUAAAUUUUCCUCCAGUCACCUUACAGAGAUACCCUCUGGUAUUAGCCAUUUCCACCCAGGGUAAGUCUCUGUCUCUCCACUCGAUCUAUGCCUCUUACCAUCUUGUACGUCUCUAUCAAAUCACCUCUCAUCCUCCUUCACUACAAAGGGAAAAGCCCCAGCUCGCUCAACUUUUCCUCAUAAAACAUGGUUUCUAAUCCUGGCUGCGUUCUGGUAAAUCUCCUCUACACCCAUUUCUAAAGUGUCCACGCCCUUCCUGUAAUGAGGGAACCAGAACUGAGCACUAUCCUCCAACUGGGGUUUCGUAGUUUUAUGUAUAUUGUUCCACCUGAACUGAGGAGCAUCUGCAGAAAUUGUAGAGACAGUGAGGAUGAUGGGAAUUUUUGAUGAUGGAUGUAGAUACUACUGAUGGUGGGGAGGGAUAUGGUGAAACUGCUCCCAAACCAGUCAGGCUUGAAUGCUGUGUCUGCUUCCAGUCUCCACUUUUCAGGAAGGACAUGAUGGUAGUGUGCAAAGGCUGCAGGGAGAGAUUCACCAGAUGACUAGGACUGGAACCUUGUUGAGGCGGGAAAGGCUGGGGGUGCUUUUCCCCAAAGUAGAGGGGUCUGAGGGGAGACUGAAUUGAGGUGCAUGUAAUCACAAGGGUCCAGGGAGUGGGUGGAGGGAGGAAUUAGGAGGGAGCUGCUCUCACUUCAGUGGGCAAAAAAUCCAAAAGCCUUCAGUUAGCACAUGUGCAGGGAACUUAAAUCAAUUACCACUGGGCCGAACCUGGAUCAGAGAAUGUGUUGGACUGAGGGCAGAAUGAGGCACACUCAGUGUUGAACAUAACCAGCAUUUCCUGUCCCCUGUGGUGUAUGUGUGUGUGUGUGCGAGAGAGAGAGAUAGACUACCUCACCUACUGAGAGAGCAGUAACGGAAAAAGUCAACUAGAGCAGCAGGAAGACAGGUCUCGACUGUAUCAGUACACGCGCCCGAGGACAGGCGCCCACUACCCCGUCACCCAGGGCUCAGCUGGAAGGAUCACAGCUGGAAGCGGCACCACUUUAAAUACCUAACAGGGGGAUGGCCCUGUCUGAUCCUGGGAAGCGGCUGGCAAAGAGCGGUCAGCUCCGGUGAGGGUGUCUGGCCAUGUUCCGGAGUCGAUGGGGGCCUGGUGACCGGAGUCCGAUCCUGCUGGAGGCCCGGUAUUACUACCAGUAUGUGGCCGGCGAUGGGCGGCUAGUGCGGAUGUCCGAGGGGGACCGUUUCGUGCUCCUGCGUCGCUCCAAUCAGGACUGGUGGCAGGUGCGGCACCAGGAUGGCCCCAAGGGCGAGAAACCCUUCUUCGUGCCGGCCUCUUACGUGGUGGAGGUGCCCCAGGUCCCUGCCUCGGCCAAGAGGGCGAGCCUACCAGGGAGGCUUUGGGUAGGCAGAGUGGAGCCAACAGGCAAGAGCAACGACGAGCUGUACCGGCGGGCCCGAACGCUAGGAGCCAGGCCAGCCAGUGACGGUGACAGAAGCAGAGGCCCCCGAUCGCACCUCCUGCCCCCAAACCCUUAUGAGCUAUCUGUCGGCAGUGUGUCGGCCAGGGUGCACUCGUGGCCCCCGAGGAACCAGGAUGAGCCAAGGGACAAGGACACCAAAGCCCCCGAGGAAACCCAGCCAUUGGCUGACGCAUCCGGUGCCGGCUGCCCAGUCUACACCAACCUGCAGGAGCUGAAGCUGGGAGGGAAGGCACCCCCAAGCCCCUCGGGACCACCAGUUCAGAUUCUGGACCUCUGGGAGCGUUAUGUGGACCCAGCCUCAGGAAGAAGCUACUUCGUCAACACCAUCACCAAGGAAAAGACGUGGAAGCCUCCUCGGAAGUCCAGGAACCGUGGGGUGUCCCGGUCCGCAACGCCCCCACCAGAGACACCUUCUGCCUGGACCAGCAAUGGCAACAGCCCCACAUCCUUCAGACGUCACAUGGAGCACGGACAGGACAAUACGAGUCACGGCUUCCAGCAGGUCACCAACAUCCAGAGACCUUCGUCUACCGAGUCCCUGCAGUUGACUCUGCCUCGUCCCCUCCAUGUAGCCCAGGCCACGGACAAACUGGAGCGUGUCAAUCGGCUGACCAAAUCCAUGAUCAUCCCGGAUUUCCCGGUCCCCAAGGCAAUGUACCAGAGGAGCCACUCAAAGGACGACUUCAACAGAGACAACGGCUCUCCACCUACCUCCCCAAUGCUGGAGAAAGCAGGACCUCUAAAGAAGACGAAGAUCGCAGAAGGUGGGAGGAAGCUGAAGAAGAACUGGAUCAGUUCCUGGGUGGUUCUUGCUGGGAAUAGUCUGGCAUUUUACAAGGAGAUCAAGACACAGGCCAGUUCAAAGGGUGAUCGUCCAGAGAGCAGUGUGGACCUGCGAGGAUCCCUGAUUGAGUGGACCAAGGAGAUGUCCAGCAAGAAGAACGUCUUCCGGUUGCGCACAGUUACAGGGAACGAGUACCUGCUUCAGGCAGAGAAUGAGGACUACAUCAGUGACUGGUACAAGACCAUCAAGCGGGUCAUUGAGACCUUGGAUCGUGAGAACCCCCUAGACUCCCCCAUCGUCUACUCACUGCGGCGGACGGCCAGUGCGGAACUGCUGGAGUGCAGCGGGGAUGAGGAGGAGAGUCCGACCCAGGACAGACCAAAGGAGAGCCGGCGAAUUUCGCUGCGGAGAAUGGGUUCAGACAGCUCGGAGAGGAAGCGGGUGAAGAACAGGAUCAGGAAGUUCAUCAUGAAGAGACCACCCCUCCAGACCUUGCAGGAGAAAGGCCUGAUCAAAGAGCGAGCAGUGACCAGUGACGGGCGGUAUCUGUUUCCUGAAGAGCGGUGCCAAGAGGAAAAGCUGAACAUGGAUGACCCCGAGUGGGAAGACAUUCACGUCAUCACUGGUGCUUUGAAGAUGUUUCUCCGGGAACUGCCCGAACCGUUGUUUCCAUUCAACACCUACGAGGAAUUUGUGACAUGUAUCAAAAUCCAGGAUCCUGAUGAACGUCUCACAACCAUCAAACAGUUGGUGUGGAGUCUGCCAGAACCAAACAGGGACACCAUGAGGACUCUGUUCCGACAUUUUCAGAAAGUGGUUGAGCACACCCAAUGGAACCGGAUGACAGCUCAGAGCCUCUCCAUCGUGUUUGGACCCACGCUGCUGAGAUCAGAGAGGGAGGCCCUGGGCCUGCCCUUUCUGAUGGUUUACCACAACCAGAUCGUUGAGCUGGUGCUGCUGGAGUGUGAUGCCAUCUUUGGCGAGGAGGACAAAUCCCCGUGAUACACCUCUCCAACCUCACCCUCCUCAAUCUCCCCACACCCUGCCCCCCAGUGAGAUUUCUGUAGACCGUUCAGAGGGGUAGGCACAGGACAAAUCCAUCCCCAGGAGGGAGGAGGAGAUGACGACACCCUCGCUGUGUUUGUUUAAGCUGUGCUGGGACCGUCUGCCAUUUGCUCUCUGUGGCUCUGAUGUAAAUAAUUGGAUCUCCUCGGGACGAGAUUUGAUAUCGCUUGUGCAGUUUAUUACGGGCAUUUAUGCAUUUUGGCAAAUAUAUUUGCAUAAUAAAGUUCAGGCAAUGAUUUGUUCUGUUCAUGAGUUCUUCCCAGUAUCUUCUCCAUCCCCGUUUCCAUCUCAACCUUGCCUCCUGCUCUCUUGCUUGAUCCCCAAACUUCCCUCUCCCCCCAUUGCACACUCUCCUUCACUCUACCCUCCCUCACAUUCUCCCACUCACACUCACCCCA